AUGGCCUCAGCAACAACAUGCGCACGCGUUGAGCCUGUGACGCACAACGCGCCCUCGCACUCGACGUCACAGCUGCUACUACGCGGCACACGCGAUGGUGAUCUAGCCGCUACACUGCUGUCCUCGCAAUCGCAGUCGUCGUCCUCUCUAUCAACCGCGUCAUCCCCUAAAUCAAAGUGUGACAGAACACCUCUGUUCACAUGGUCGGACUUGGUCCGAAUCGUAUCUACGGGCAACCUUGAACGUCUAUCGCGACAUCCUGACGACCUGCGCGAGUACUUCGCCUGGAUGGACAGCGUGAAAUCCAGCUAUGGCAGCGUCACAGCGUUUCUGCUCCGUGAACGCUUCACGGCGACCGAGCUGUUGAAAAAAGCGGCUUGCGCAUCUCGCGUCGAGCAGUGCAAGGAGCCAUGUUUUCGCAGCUACUUGCGGCCAGGAGUGGACUGUCAGAUCUUGGUCAACGAUUGGCCGUACUCGGUGCCUCGACAUGUCACGCACCAUGUAGUGUGGAGCCAUGUUCCGAUCCUACAUCGAAAACUGGUGAUCGAACAGCAGUGCAACCAGGACGUUGCAGCUCUGGCAUGGAGUGUUAUCUCGAAGCGAGGACUUUGUGGUACCAUAACCGGCUCGCUACUCACCGUGCCUACGGUCAAGGAUCACGCUUCUCACUUGCCCGACCUCGUCACCAUCUCGUCCGACCUCCAAGAUGCGCUUCAGCAAACCCUCCACCGGGCAUCCCACCAUCUGGUGCAGUUCAUCCACCUUCAUUGGGACACCCGCCGCUGCGACAUCGCAUUCUUCGCCAAUCCACCAAGCCUCCAAUCCGUCCCCUCGCUCGCUCACUUUCAUGUUCUCGUAAAGUCGGUCUAA